AUGGCUCCGCGGGGGCUUGCGGACGACGCUGGACGCUGGUGGGGCCUCGCUCUCGGCUUGGCCGCCUUCCUCCUCCCAGGUGCCCGCGCCCAAAUGGUGCAGGUGAACGACUCCAUGUCCGGCUUCAUCGGCACCGACGUGGUGCUGCACUGCAGCUUCGCCAACCCGCUGCCCGGCGUGAAGAUCACCCAGGUCACCUGGCAGAAGGUGACCAAUGGCUCCAAGCAGAACGUGGCCGUCUUCAACCCGGUCAUGGGCGUCUCGAAGCUGCUCCCCUACCGUGAGCGCGUGCAGUUCCUGCGGCCCUCCUUCACCGACGGCACCAUCCGCCUCUCCCGCCUGCAGCUGGACGACGAGGGUGUCUACAUCUGCGAGUUCGCCACCUUCCCUGCAGGCAACCGCGAGAGCCAGCUCAACCUGACCGUGAUGGCCAAACCCACCAACUGGAUCGAGAGCAGCCAGGCCGUGCUUCGUGCCGAGAAGGGGCGUGACGAGAAAGUCCUGGUGGCCACCUGCACCUCGGCCAACGGGAAGCCGCCCGGCGUGCUGUCCUGGGAAACGCGGCUGAAGGGGGAGGCCGAGUACCAGGAGGUCCGGAACCCCAACGGCACGGUGACGGUCGUCAGCCGGUACCGCCUGGUGCCGGGCCGGGAGGCCCACCUGCAGCCCCUGGCCUGCAUCGUCAACUACCACCUGGACCGCUUCCGGGAGAGCAUCACCGUCCACGUGCAGUACGAGCCUGAGGUGACCAUCGAAGGGUUUGAUGGGAAUUGGCACCUGCAGCGGACGGACGUGAAGCUCACCUGCAGAGCCGACGCUAACCCCCCGGCCACCGAGUUCCGCUGGACCACGCUGAACGGCUCUCUGCCCCGGGGCGUGGAGCCCCAGAACAGAACCCUCCUCUUCAGGGGGCCCAUCGACUACAGCCUGACGGGGACCUACGUCUGUGAGGCCACCAACCCCAUCGGCACCCGCUCGGGCCAAGUGGAGGUCAACAUCACAGAAUUUCCCUACACCCCGUCCCCUCCGGACCACGGGCGGCGGGCUGGGCCGGUGCCCACGGCCGUCAUCGGGGGCGUGGCGGGGAGCGUGGUGCUGGUGCUGCUGGUGGUCGGGGCCGCCGUGCUGGCCCUGCGCCGGCGCCGCCACACCUUCAAGGGCGACUACAGCACCAAGAAGCACGUGUACGGCAACGGCUACAGCAAGGCGGGCGUCCCGCAGCACCACCCGCCGCUGGGCCAGAGCCUGCAGUACCCCGACGACUCGGACGACGAGAAGAAGGCCGGCCCGCUGGGGGGCAGCAGCUACGAGGAGGAGGAGGAGGAGGAGGGCGGCGGGGGGCGCGCGUGCAAGGUGGGGGGCGCGCACCCCAAAUACGACGAGGACGCCAAGCGGCCCUACUUCGCGGUGGACGAGGCCCAGGCCUGUCAGGACGGCUACGGGGACCGGACCCUGGGCUACCAGUACGACCCCGAGCAGCUGGACCUGGCCGAGAACAUGGUCUCUCAGAACGACGGGUCUUUCAUUUCCAAGAAGGAGUGGUACGUGUAG